GAAAACCCAAUGCAGCCAAAAUAAAUAAAUAAAUUUAUAUUUUAAAAAAAAGAAAGAGAAAGGUUUAGGUCUAAUUGACUUCACACCCUGAAUGGCAAACAUGAGAUUCUGUAUCCUGAACUUCAAAUUAAAGAAAUAAAUAGCAGUUCUAUCUAAACAUUUACAAAAGUCUAUUAAAAAUCGCUGAAUAGUAGAAUGUUCUAGCAUAACUCCCUUAAUGUCCAAGUAGUGGAAUGCUCACAGCUGCUGCACCCAAGACCCCACCCUGGCCAAGCAGAGCUGGGUUUAGAACCUGAGCUGACAAAUUUCUAAAGAUGGCAGCUGACAGAUUUCUCAAGAAAACCCAAGCCUGGCUGGAAAUGGCUGUGGUCUUGGCCCUGUCCCUAAAGCUGAGAGUCCUGGUGGUCCCCAAAUGUCACGGGGUGCCUCAGUCAUACCCAGAAGUAGGGCAGACCUCCUCCCCCCCUUCCCUGGCUUCCGCCUUGUCACACAGGUAGGCGCCCUGGCAUUCUCUGGCCCACCUUGGGGCAUAAGGAAGGGGACCCUGUACCAAGGGAUCAGGUGCCUCCAGGCAGUGUUUGAGUGGGGCUCUUGGAGAGGUGGCUCUCGCAGAGCUUACCUAAGACAAUCAAAUUGAACUCCUUGCCCUAACUAGGGAGUGUCACCAGAUGAGAAACUGAGGUCCCAAGAGGCUCGACGAUUUCUGCAAAGCUCUGAAGCCCGGUCGUUUCCCAGGCCACCGGGUCAUCCCCGGCCGGAGCCAGUUGCCCAGAGAUGCGCGUCCUUACGGACGAGAGGAGGGCGGGGGCGCGGUUGCUUUAAAGCGCCCCAGCCCGGGCGGCGCGGGGCGGGGCGCUCUCGGAGCCGUGGGGUGCAGGGCGCAGCGGCCGGAGCGGGGUCCCCGGAAGCACCAGCGGGGCCGGCCCGGCGGCGGCUCCUCCACCUGGGCGGGGAAGGAGCGGUUGCAGGACCCCGCCCGGCCGAGGCGCGGGGGCCGUAGGAGGUGCCGACCGGCCGCGUCGCCGCGGAGAUGGCGCGGCACGUGCGGUGACGGUGCCCGCGCCCCGAGGGUCCCAGCCUAGCGCCCCGCGUCCCCGGGCGAGCAUGGAGCGCCCGGAGCCCGAGCUGAUCCGGCAGAGCUGGCGGGAGGUGAGCCGCAGCCCGCUGGAGCAUGGCACCGUCCUGUUCGCCAGGCUGUUUGACCUGGAGCCGGACCUGCUGCCCCUCUUCCAGUACAACUGCCGCCAGUUCUCCAGCCCGGAGGACUGCCUCUCUUCCCCUGAGUUCCUGGACCACAUCAGGAAGGUGAUGCUCGUGAUCGAUGCUGCGGUGACCAACGUGGAGGACCUGUCCUCGCUGGAGGAGUACCUUGCCAGCCUGGGCAGGAAGCACCGGGCAGUGGGUGUGAAGCUCAGCUCCUUCUCGGUGGGUAAAGGGGCUCUUUCUCUCUCCAAAGCUCCUGGCCUGAGGCCACCACUCUCUCCCAGGCCCCUCCUAUCCACCUGUUCAUCCUUCCCACUCCUAUACCCUCAGAUGACCAGGGCUGGGGCAUGCAUUGUUAUGUACUUGCUGUGUGACCCUGGCACUGCCUUGACCUCUCUGAGCCUCCAAUUUUUCUUCUCUGAUAUGGUUUCCCUUAGAACCAUAGGAAGUGAAGGAGCCUUUGGUCUGCUCAGUUUUAUAUUGCUGUGUAUAAAACCAUCCCAGAACAACCUGGCUUAAAACAAUGAUUUCUGAUUUCUCUGGGCUCAGUUGAGCGGUUCUUCUGUUCCACGUGCUGUGGCUGGAGCCACGCGUGCACUGCAUUCAGCUGGGAGCUCAGCUGGGGCUGGAACGUCCAAGAUGGCCUGUCAUCCUUUGGGAUCUCUCUUCGUGUGGCCUCGUAUUGCUUAAUAGUCUAUAGCUGAGAUUCUUCACAGAGUGGCACCUGAGUUCCGAGAGGGAGUGUUUCCAGAGGACAAGCCAGCCUCUGCAUGCCUCACUCUUGCUAAUGUCCCAUUGGCCAAAGCCAGUCACAUGGAUGAGCCCAGUGUCAAGGGUGUGAAUCCUUGAGGUGUGGCUCACUGGGGACCCUGACCUGACAGCCUACCACACAGUCACCUUGCCAGACGUACGCACCUUGAGGAAGGCACUGAGUUUGUCUUGUCAUCUUCUCCAUCCCCAGCACUAGCACAGUAUCUGGUAUUUAGUGCAUAUUCAGUAACUAUUUGUGGAAUAAACUGUAUUUUAUAAUUACUAAUAAAACAUGAGAACCGUUAUUAUUGUUGAAGACUUACUGUGUGUAGAUGCUGUGCUAAGAGCUUUUCACAGAUGAUCUCAUUUCAUCAUCCCAACAACCUGAGGAGUUGCAAGUCUUACAUUCCCUGUUGUACUGAUGCAGCAUCUGAGGCUCAGAGAGGUUACCUAACUUGCUCAAGGUCACACAGCUCGUAAGUAGUAGAGUCAGAAAGUGAACUCAGGUUCAUCUCAGGUUGCAGAGCCUGGACUCUUAACAUCAUGACUGCUGUCUUGCAGAGGAGGAAACAGGCCUGGAGGCAAUGACUUUGCUUGGCCUGAGCUGGAGGUCCCUCGGCUCCACUCAUGGGGUGGUUGUGAGGCUGGGAGUGGAGUGAAAUGCUUUGUUCACUUUAAAGCCUCACCUUUAAGGUGUACACAAGGAUUGGGGCAGAAUCCUGCUCAGGAAGCAUGGACCCCCGUGCAGGAGAGAAGAAAAGCCCAGGAGUCCUUACCAGCCCCAAGCCUCAGUUUUCUCACCUGUGGAAUGAGGGCACGCCUUCCCGCCUUCGGGAAUGACAGGU